UUCACAUUCUCUCAGCCGAGAAAAAAACAGAGCUACCUAGCUAAACCCUAAUCACUACUCCCAUCAAUGUCGAAGGAAGCGACCGAGGAGGGCCAGGCCCACCACCACCGCAAGGACUACGUUGACCCACCGCCCGCGCCGCUCUUCGACACCGACGAGCUCAAGCGCUGGUCCUUCUACCGAGCCCUCAUCGCCGAGUUCGUCGCCACUCUCCUCUUCCUCUACGUCACCAUCGCCACGGUCAUCGGCCACAAGCACCAGACCAGCCCCUGUGACGGCGUCGGUCUCCUCGGCAUCGCCUGGGCCUUCGGCGGCAUGAUCUUCGUUCUCGUUUACUGCACCGCCGGCAUUUCCGGUGGUCACAUCAACCCGGCAGUGACUUUCGGGCUGUUCUUGGCUCGUAAGGUGUCUCUGAUUCGGGCAGUGUCUUACAUGAUCGCCCAGUGCUUGGGAGCCAUCGCCGGUGUUGGGCUGGUCAAGUCUUUCCAGAGCAGCUACUACACCACUCUCGGCGGUGGCGCCAACACUGUCGCCGAUGGCUACAGCAAGGGCACUGCUCUCGGCGCUGAGAUCAUCGGCACCUUUGUGCUUGUCUACACCGUCUUCUCCGCCACUGACCCUAAGAGGAGCGCGCGUGACUCCCACGUGCCUGUGUUGGCCCCAUUGCCUAUUGGGUUUGCUGUGUUUAUUGUGCACUUGGCUACCAUCCCCAUCACCGGAACCGGAAUCAACCCUGCUCGGAGCUUCGGAGCUGCCGUCAUCUACAACGAGAAGAAAGCCUGGGAUGACCAUUGGAUCUUCUGGGUCGGACCCUUCCUCGGAGCUCUUGCCGCCGCCGCAUACCACCAGUACAUUCUGAGAGCCGCUGCCAUCAAAGCUUUGGGUUCAUUCCGGAGCAACCCCUCCAACUAAAUGAGAAGGAAUUAAGCUAGAAGAGAGGAAGCAUCAAGAUCUCCCACAUCUUAUAUUUUGGUCCAUUUAAUUUGUUAGUCUGUUAAUGAAGCAAGUGUUUUGUGUUUGAGAGGAAUGUUGAUGAUGGUGAUGUGCCAUCUCUUGAUUUAAUUUGUCUUUUGGUUUUUUUUUUAAGAUUGGUAAUGUAGCCCAGUGUAUGUGCAUUAUUGUCAAUGAGUACGUAGUGAUGUUUUUCC